CGCAGUUGGUCGUGUUGUUCGGAGGUGCUGGGUGAAAUAUAGCAACAGAUAUUCAAUCAGAAGGGCAGCUAUAGAUGAGAUUAUGGCAUCUUCGCCUAAAGUAAAGAGAACUACUAAGCCUAGAGAUGGUGCACAAAAUCUCCCCAGAUCCCAGAAGGAUGCCUAUGCCAGACUUCUGAAUCAGCACCAAAACGGCAAAUUUCGUUCUUACUUGCAAGAGUUGGCGAAGCAGCAGGUGGAAGAGAGCACAAGUACAUCAGUUAGUAGGUCUGUGAAUGUUAUGAACAGGAGAAAAAAGGGCAAUUCAGAGUCAUCUUAUUCUGUUGAUAGUUUAUCCUCUAAUCAGAAUAGGCAGAUGGUUGAUGUUUCCACCUGUUUGCACAUGGACAAAACCAGCCAUCAGGUGACGUGCACUGAAAACCAGGGCAUGAAGUUUGGCAUGCUUGAAGAGCAUGCUAAAAUGGAGCUACAUACGGUGGCUGCACCCAAAAAGGUACCCUCAAAACAGCAGCACAAGAGAAGUGAAAAAGACAUCAAAGUGAGCUCAAGUCUGGUGGGAUCUGAGGAAGGUGACAGUCAACAGUUGAGCUGUUCAUGUGGGGAGGAACAAGCAAAGAACAAAUCAAAGAAGAAAAGAUCAAAAGGAAAUUUGGAGAAAAAAGACAAGGGGGCAUGUGGUCCUGAAGUUGACACCAUUAUUGCUGGAAAAUCACCAAAUAAAAACAUCAAAGCUCCUCAAACUCAAGUGCCAAAAGAAAGUUUAUUGCAAAACAACAUAGAUAAAGGCACUAAAGGUGGUAGAGGGUCCUGGAAACAACUGUUUGAGCAGUACAUGUCCACAGAGGAUGUUUCUGCAGGCCUGAAGAGAGGAGAACUCAUACAGGGUGUCCUGAGAAUAAACCCCAAGAAGUACAAGGAAGCUUUUGUCCCAUCUCCUGAUGGGUCAGCUGAUAUCUUUCUGGAUGGGAUUGCAGCUCGUAACAGGGCUCUCAAUGGAGAUGUUGUUGUGGUGAAAGUCCUCCCCCCUGAACAGUGGAAGGCAGUCAGUGGAGAUAUAAACGAGAGAACUUCAGCCAAUCAGACGGCACCAAAGGCUCCUGAUGUCAUGGUAAAGGACCAUUACAAUAAAGAUGAUGAGGUGAUCGGUGAAAUGAAGAAUGUCAGUCUCCAUGAUAAAGGCCCCAUCACACAAUCUGUCCAACAUGCAAGUGUAUUUAACACUUCUGGAUCAAGUUCAGAGAGAGCUAUGCAAAGGACUGGAAAGGUUGUAUUUAUUAUUGAGCAAAAGCACUCCAGGGCAGCAUCAGGCUUCCUCAAAUUUCUCCCCAACAAAAAUUUUGCAUUGUUCUCUCCUGUGGACCAUCGGAUUCCGAGAGUAAAUGUGCCUCUAGCAGACUGUCCUGCAGACUUUAUUUCCAGACCUGGAGACUAUGAAAAUACACUCUUUAUCUGCCGAAUAACACACUGGCCGACAGACAGCAACUUUGCUGAAGGGAGGCUUGCAAAAACGUUAGGGCAAGCAGGUGAAAUAGAGCCAGAAACAGAAGGCAUCAUGACUGAAUAUGAUGUUGACUUCUCAGAAUUUUCAGACGAGGUCUUGAAUUGUCUUCCCCAAGAUUGGCCCUGGAGCAUCCCUGCUCACGAGCUCUCUAGAAGAAGAGAUCUCAGAAAAGAAUGUGUAUUUACCAUCGACCCAGCUACAGCCAGAGAUCUGGAUGAUGCACUAUCUUGCAAACAACUCUCAGAUGGCAGUUUUGAAGUUGGUGUUCAUAUAGCCGAUGUGAGUUACUUUGUGGAGGAGGGAAAUGUCUUGGAUCAAAUUGCUGGUAAAAGAGCCACAAGUGUUUAUCUGGUCCAAAAGGUGAUUCCGAUGUUGCCACGUCUUCUAUGUGAGGAGCUGUGCAGCUUGAAUCCUUUGACUGAUCGACUGACAUUCUCUGUUAUUUGGAAGCUUUCUCCAGAGGGAAAGAUCCUGAGUGAGUGGUUUGGCAGAACUGUCAUCUGUUCCUGCAUUAAGAUGAGUUAUGAUCAUGCUCAGAGUAUGAUUGAAGCUCCUGACAAACAUUUCAGUGCUGAAGAGCUGCCACCCUAUUCCCCAGACCACAGCAUCCAUGAGAUACAAGAGGCCAUUCUCAACUUGAACAACAUUGCCAAACAACUCCGAGCCCAGCGCUUUGAGGGCGGAGCUCUACAGCUUAAUCAGCUUAAGCUAUCUUUCACCCUUGAUAAGGAGUCCAGCAUGCCUCAGGGCUGUUACGUCUAUCAAUAUCAGGACAGCAACAAACUGGUUGAGGAGUUCAUGUUGCUGGCAAACAUGGCGGCUGCCCAUCAGAUCUACCGCACAUACCCAGAAUUGGCCAUCUUGCGCAGGCACCCACCACCGCAGAGCAAGAUGGUAGAUGACCUGCAGGAGUUCUGUGACCAGAUGGGCCUUGACAUUGACUUCAAAACAUCUGGGGGACUUCAUAGGAGUCUGAAUGAAAACCUUGGUAAUGACAUGUAUGCAGCUGCCAGGAAGGAAGUUCUCACUCACAUGUGCUCCAGGGCAAUGCAGAUGGCGUCAUAUUUCUGUACUGGAGCUCUGAAAGAUGAGAAUUCCUUCCGUCAUUAUGCUCUGAACGUGCCUCUCUACACGCACUUCACUUCGCCUAUACGACGCUAUGUUGAUGUCAUAGUGCACCGUCUACUGGCCGCCUCUCUUAACUGUGGACCACGACUGAGUCUCUCAGUAGAGGAAGUACACAAACUGGCAACCCACUGCAAUGACAGAAAGACUGCUUCAAAGAGAGUUCAGGAGUUGAGCUCUGAACUUUUCUUUGCUGUAUUUGUGAAGGAGUGUGGUCCUUUGGAUUCUGAAGCUAUGGUCAUGGGAGUUCUAGACCAGUCUUUUGAUGUGCUUGUGCUUCGCUAUGGAGUGCAGAAACGAAUCUACUGUAAUUCAUUAGAGGGCCUAAAGGCAGUCCACUUCUGUAAAGUGGGAAAGAGACCAGAGAUGACGCUUGUUUGGGAAACAGGUGACCUUAGUAAGGAGUCCAUACAACAGGAGAUUUCCAUCUUUACCCUGUUGAAUGUUCAGCUGAAGGCAGAUGGAGCGCCUAUGAAAUACAGUGUUGUGCUCAAGAGACCCUCAGCACUCUGAUUUUUUUUUUUUUUUUUUUUUUUUUUUUUUUUUGCUUGCGGUUUUCUUCUCAGCCAAACAAAGUUAUUAAUAGUAAUUAAGGCUGCUCGUCUGCACCAAUAUAACAUGAACAUGGUUUUGUGUAGUUUUAAAUUUUCGAUUUUGUCCUGAAAUCUUUCAGAUGCACACUUCUUUUUUGAAAUAUUAAUUUUUGAAAUAUUCAGCUUUAGGCUUCAGGAAGUAUUAAAGGAAGAUUUUGUGUUCAGUGAUUAUGCCAAAUAAGUUUUUAUAUAAUUUUAAUCAAACUGAAAUUCUAUGCCAUUUGGAUAAUAGUUUCAAAAGUUAAUUUUAGUAGUUACAUUUUAUGCUGUUUUGUAAUUCAGACUUUUCCCUUUUCUGCCUUAAACCUACUAGUAUAUGCAGCCUUCGUAUGACAGUCAAUUCAGAAAUGGCAUGUAGUGUAUGUAAAGGUGUUGCCCCAAAUACCACAUACACUUGAAUACUGUUGCACAUAUGCUGAACCUAUUCAAUGUCUUUAAGAAAUGUUUUGUUAAUUUUAAGUGUAAUUCAUUUAAUGCAUCUAAUGUAAUGUGUUCCCCUUCACAUGGAAUCUUGUACAAUACAUCAAAUAUUUGCUCAAACUAUUGAUCUAGCAAACAUUGUUUAAUUUACUGUAUAGUGUGAGAUAUCAUAUGUCUGUAUAAAAUUUAAAAUAGACAAUAGCUAACAUUAAGUCAUUAAGACUAGAAAAAGACAGCUAGGAUAAAUUUCACUUAAACACCAAAUUUCAGUUGAAAAACCUUUACAGUUAAGAAAGCAGCUGUGUGAUUUGACAACAAUAUGUUUUAACUGUUUUAUUAUUUUACAAGAACUGCUGUUAAAAAAAAAAAAAAAAGUUGCCCUGUUGGUGUUUUAAAGGUUGGAACAAACCAAUAUGCAUAGAUAAACUUUAAGUCAGCUUAUGAUGUUUUAUUAGAAACUUGGGUUGUCAGUACUCCUAUAGGUACUAAAUUAGGGAAGAUAUUAUGUAACAUGAGUCUAAAAUGUAGUCCGAAUGUAGAAUGUGUUUACAACCAAUGUGACUAAUUGGGGAAACCUGUGGUAUUUGGCAGAAGAAUAUGAUUGUGUGAUACUGACUGCAAAACUAAUAAAACCACCAAAUUCCGCUAAAACAUUCACAUUAUUCAGUUUUUCCUGAUCUGUAUAAAGGCUAUAUCGAAAAAUGUUUUCUUAACCAAGUUACUUAUAUAUUUCUCUGUCAACUAAAAUGCCUGUUACCACCACUUGGCAGCGGGAAUUCCCCCAAGGGGAAGUGCUUAGGGAAGAUUGCAAGUGUGUGUCUAAAAGUGGAGUGGGAUGCAACCAAAAAGUGCCAGGGCAUCAGGCGCUAACAUGCCAGUAUGGAACAGCCCAAAAGAAUGACCCCACACUCAUCAGUGCUUUAAAGAAUGUGAGAGUAGUGGAAGUGGUAGGUACCAGUAGUCUUCCAAUAGUGUGCCCAUAUUUUGCAAUCAAGAAUGGGUUGCUCUACCAAAUAAAAAAAAGAAGGGGAGGAGACUGUAAAGCAGUUGCUUGU